AACUUCUUUUACGCAUGCGCGCGAAAAUGGGUGUUAGAAUUGCGAUUACAAAUUGAAAGCUUAGUUUUAAAGGAUUCAUUGAAAGUGAACAACAUACAUAGAUUAAUUUGUAUAUUGUGUAUGAAUAGUAAAUGUUAUUUUCCAUUUGAAAAUAAGUGAGUUUUGGAUUAAACUCUAGAAAUAUCAUCAUUUGACUUUUAAGUAGGGUUUUUCAUUUUCUUCUGGUUGAUCUAUUCAAACAAGAAACAUCAUGUUUUUUUCCUGUUAUGGAAUGUCAUUAAAAUUGAUAUUAUAUAUAUAUAUAUAAAUAUAUUAGUGACUGUUUACUUUUAAGCUUCUUUUCUUUAGAAAGGUGAAAGUCUAACAUGAAAAAUUUAUUGAACAGAUAGAAUAAAAAUGGAAGGAUUAGGAGAGAGGUUGGAAAAAACUUUUCAAUUUUCUUAUGGAGCGAAGGAGAAGAAACAAACUAUUUCUGGAAAAAUUAAUCUUCCUCUGCAAGAGACCAUAACCGAAUGUUGUCAUAGACUUAUGUCACAGCAGAAUUUUCCAUGCUUUCUAGAAGAUGAAUUAAAGAAAGAUUUAAUUAUUUUCGUUGAAAAGAGUAAAGAAAAGAUAAGUGAUGAAUAUUCAGAAUCUGUAACAAAUACUCUAGAUGAUAGUACUGAACAAAGAUUAAUUUCGGAAUGGUGUCAAAGUUUCUCCGAAGAGACAAAAGAACAUUCGAAACCUGAGGAAAUAUCAAAUGAAUUGGUAUUCUCUGAAAUUUAUAAUCAAUUAAUACAUUCUCAAUUGCAAACAACAAUUCUAAAAUUGGAAAAUUCAUACGCCCGAGCCGUAGAUGAUUUAAUAAGUAGAAGAAAUGUAGAAUUAAAUGAUAUGAGGAAUAGGCAAAGUGCGGCAAUGGAUAAAUUAGCAACAAUGGGAUCGAGAUAUACAGAUGAAGAAAUAAAUCGUAUAACACAUCAGCAAUUUGAAAAAAUUCAGAUGUUGGAAUCUAAAUGGGAAAGUGAAUUAACUGCUCUCUACGAUAAGCAGAGAAGGGAAUAUAGGGAGUGGCUUUUAGAAGUGCAUCAAGAUUUGAAAACAGGUAAUGAUUUAUCCCAUUUGCUAGACGAAAACAUGUUAAGCUCUCAAAGUAUUUAUGGACAAGAUAACUCGAUUGCUAAUGAAAAUAGGCUUGAAGAAAGCUUUACCAUUCAUCUUGGUGCUCAACUUAAAACAACGCAUAAUCUUAGAUUAGUGAGAUCUAACAUAUUAGAUUUGUGCAAAUAUUCAAAUCAUGGACAUUUCGCCGCUUCGCCAAUAAGAUUACAAAACUCUAUGUCAUUAUACUCUAAUGCCAUUUCUGCCAUGGUUUUAAUUGUUGACGAUAGACUUAAUUCCUAUUUCGGAAUAAAGCAGGAUUUUAAAAUGAUUUGUCAGGAUUCGACAGAAUUUCAUUGGAACGAUUUCGAUAAACAAUUAGAGGAUAUAAAGACAAUUUUAAAUGGUAAAAAACUUCAACCUGGUGAUUGCUACGUAACAAGACAUUCGAACCUUUCUAAUGUGCAGGUAGUCUUUCAUCUCGUGACAGAUAUGGACACUUUGAAAACGGGUGAUGUUUCCUCAAGGCACCCUGUAUUGUUAGGCUACCGUAAUAUAAUUAGAACUUGCUUUCAACACGACAUAACUUCUCUAACUCUUCCGCUUUUACUGGUUCAAGAUGUUACCGAGCAAAUGACGAUUUCUUGGUGUAUGAAAAGAUCAGAGCUAGUUUUUAAAUGCAUUAAGGGUUUUCUUAUGGAAUUGAGCACUUGGAGUGCCAAACAAUCAAGAACAGUGACAUUUCUAGUUCCAAAUGGAAUUUCUCAAAAUAUGUUUUCCGAUAUAUCAAAUUUAUUAGAGAGUAUAUUUCGAAUGUCUAAUCCUGUCGUUGUAAGCAAAGCUUAA